AUGAACCUCCAACUUUUUCACUUUUAUCUUCUAAGCGCCAUUUAUGUAACACAGCAGUAUCUUCCGCACUGUUCGAGUAGAUCUGUAAUGGAAGGAACGGUUCGUGAGUACAAUGGUGGAGAGGUGAUGCGGAUUCGAAGUUCUAUCCAGGUCGCUAUGAUACUUCACCAAACAGCGUGUUUUAAGCUGCAGGUGAUGAAUAGUUCUUACACUGCUCUUUACGCGAUUCACUUUUCCAAACUGGAGCAGCAUCAUCCUGUUUUAGGUAAGUACAUUUUCGGGAUUCCGCUCGUGCACACUUCCUGUUUCUGUGACUGUGCAGGGGGCGCGAAGGCGUGUACCAUCGAAGACUACAGAUAUAGGAAAUGCGAUGGCGGCGCGGUUUGUUACCGCACUUAUCAUUCUCAGCAGUCGAAUGUAGGCUGUAGAUCAAAUGAAAAGGCCGAGGCAUGUUGUAAUAUUCGAAUGGACAUCCACGAAAAUCGGACUUACGAGGCUUUAAGCCUGAACCAACCGAAUACAAUAGCAACAAUGGUGUUCAGCGUCUAUGAAUGGACUGAGGAGGAGUGGAAGCAGAGUUUAAAGGAAACGAUUGCCGUAUCCCUGAACCGGGGCUUCGCGCAGAUGGGAAGAAGCGGGCGGCAUAAACUGCAAAUGUCCAUCACUAGUAGUCGAGCAUUUCGUGAACUGCAAUUCGGCAUGUAUUAUGUGGAAAGAGGUCUCCGCUCAGGUGAACCGGAUGUGUAUGGCUACGUUCAACUGAAUUCUAUCGGAGAGUCGUCCUUGCAGAAACUAGGUUGGCUGCAGUUUACCGAAGGAAGAUGGGACAUUCGGAAAGGAUUCAUCCGAGUUCAGCGGGGAAAUCAUGUUCAUUUUAAUAGCUGCGCAGCUCAGUCCUACACCAUUCUAUUUGACGCAGAGUAUCUGGUGCAUCACUUCAACAGCGCGGACGACAAGCAUUAUCAGCCAGGCCGCCUUUUAUCAUCGGAUCCAUGGAUUCAAAGUGCAAAGUUCAUCGACCGAAGCGUUGUUGUUGAACAUAGAGAAGGAGUGCACGUUACGCUGACUGUAAAUACGGAAACUCGUCCAAAGAUGAUUACGCAUAAAUCAUAUGUUGCUGAUUUCGAAGGAUUUAUGCAGGUUGACGAGCAAAGCAACCGAUAUCUGAACGUAUCGCUCUUCGAAGCUCGUGGCACCAUCAUUGGGAAUAUUUAUAUGAAUAAAACAAAGAUGGCUUCACAGGAAAAAAUUCAGGUCGAUGUCGGAUACGGAAAGGCAUCGAAUUUCACUACACUUAUUUGGAUUCCAUCUUCAAUAGACGGUACUCGCUACGUAUGUUUCCAUGCCGUAGACGAUCCUGACGGAGAGAUGUGUCGCUAUGUCCAAUUCCGAGCAAAAGGCUACCAGAAAGUCGUCCCGAAUGUGGGUCUACACGAAGAACAAGGAAUGUUAGUUCCCGGACUCAAUGAUGAGCAGAAAAAUACCUGGUUGACAAGCUUAUUAGGAGAUUUCGGAAAGAGCUCAGACAUAGAAUUUCUUGAAUCAGUUCGAGUUUGGAUAAUGUUUUUAGUGAAUUGUGUUGUUGUUAUUGUUUCAGCCAUGGUUUUCUUACUGAUUUCAUGUUGUAUGUUAAAAUUGGUGUGCUGGAUUGUUUGGUAG